UCAUCGUUUGAAUCCUGGACGCGUUUCUGAGAGAGAAGGAUGACAUCGUCGUUUCGCUCGGUGUUUGAGGACAUCACGGCCCACAGUAACCUUCCUGACGCGGAGGAGAACGUCAGCCUGCAGAUGUGGCACCUCCUGGGGAACAGCCCGAGGAACAGCCCGGCGCACAGCGGCAGGACCCCGCUACCGGAGAAGUACCUGGUGCACAGGGACCUGCGGCCGGGGAACGGCGCCAGGCUCGGCAGCGAGAACGUGUUCCUGGAACCCUCCCCCAUGCCGAACAGGCCUUCCACUAGUAACAAGCUGUGCUGUUCCUGCAUGGCAGACGCCACCUUCCAGCUGAUGGAUGAAGUGCCGCUGUUCAGCCUGUCGGAAGGCUUCUGCACCCCUGAUAACAUACAGGAUAGUCUGGCCCACCUGGACCAGGAGCUCUGCCUCCUGGGGUACUCCUCCAUCUACCACAAGUCAAGGUCCAAGUCAUCAGGAAGGGCCUUUGACUUGGUGCAGCUCGUCAACGUCACUAACGAUCUAAUUGCCGGCCACCACAAGCACUUGAACAAACAGCGGGAGCUCGAGGAUCAGAAUCACAAGUUCUCGUCUGAGAUCCGGCACCUUGAAAACACUCAGCAACACCUUAAGGACCAGAUCACGUCCUCGAAGCAAGACGAGGCAAUGCACCAAGAGCGGCAGCGUCAGCUUCAGGCCGAACUUGUCUCACAGGAAAAGAAGAUGAAGCGGCUACAAGAUGACGUCAGGAAGUUGAAAUCGGUCCUCCAGUCGAGGGAUACACAGUUCCGUCACGAUCUUCGCAAGAAGGAGCGAGAGUUAGCAAAGGUUAAGGACAGGCUGCAUGCUUUGGCAGAAAAGAAGAAGGAAAGGAGGCAGGGCAUCGAAAUCCUUAACGUCAUCCCUCGGGGAGACGGACAUCGUAAGAUGUGGAAGACGAGCAAGGAGGAAAAGAAGUGUCAGGAGGAGAUGCACAGGUCUAUUGUAGCAAACUAUGAACAGAGAGAGAAGGAGUUGAGAACAGAAAACCAGGAGUUGAGAGAGACCCUGACUUUCCUCCAACAAGAAGUUUCCACAGUCUUCUCAGCCGUUUCUAGGCAAGAGAGAGAACACCAUCCAAUGUCUCCUGACAGCCUUGACGAUGAGGUGGGCGAUGGCCAUCUACAGAUGCCGUAUGAGGCUGUGCAGAACAUUGUCGAGGGAAAAUUGAAAGACCAACUCAGCUCCAUGCUCCAUUUGAUCGGCAUCCAAACCUCUCAAGGUAUUAAAGAGAGAAAUUGUGCUUCAGAUGAAGCCAAAUUGAAUGAUCUGAAUGCCGGGCAAAGUGCCACGAAGGCUGGUUCAGAGGUUCACUCCAGAAGUUCCAACGGGGAGGAAGAAGAAGAAAGUGAUGAUGACAGCUGUGCAACUCCCAGUGAUGAAGUAGACGCCAAGCUAGAGGCAUACAAGACCCUCAUCAUGAAACAAGAGGAGUUGAUACAGCAGACUUUUGCUGCAGCAGAGUGCCAACAGGACACGCAGGUGGCCGAACUCGUGAAAGACUCUCUCUUCAUCGAGGAGAGGAUGACUUUAGAGAGAGAGAGGAAAGAGAUGGAGGCGGAAAAGGCGACAUUUGCAGAAGAAAGAAAGAGGUUCACCGACGCUGCCAUUCGGCUUGGCAAGGACAGACAGAAGUUUGAAGAGGAACGUACAAACUUCUUGAAGUACCAGUAUCUGAACAUGACACCCCCACAGGCAGCUUCAUACAGCCAUGCCGUUUCCAUGGCUACAGCAUCAGGAAGUAUGAUGUCAUCACCAUCACAUCCAAUGACAUCAUCACACCCUAUGACACCAUCACAUGCUGUGACAUCAUCAGUUUUGGUGACAUCAUCGCAUCCAAUGACAUCAUCCCAUACAGUGACCUCAGGUCUAGACAAGUCAGCAGUCUCGUCCCCAUUCCAAACAAAAGCAGCCUCUAGAGUACAAGUACCAGUCACAUCCACCUCCACGCUUGCUGUAUCGUCUGUACCAGCCGGCCGCCUGUCUGUUUCGCCGGGAACUGCAGAGUUCUACAGGGUUCUGGACCAGUUUCCCAGCCCGACACGAGGAAAUGUCAACACAAAAGUAAACAACUGCAGUACCACCACUCCAGCCAAGGGGGCUACAGCUCAGUCAGUUCCUCCAACUCCCAGUACUGGAGAUCUCUACAGGGUCCUAGACCAGCUGCCCAGCCCCCUUCACAACCGCCUGAGCUUGGAGCAGCAGCCAGGUGGUCCCAGCUGGUUGUACAAGAACCAGACAACUCCGACUCGGGGACGGCACAGCAUGUUAUGUAAGGUUCAGACGCCCCAGCCCGUGGCGCUGCGCGGUACAUUGUUUGAUCCCCGCCGUCGCAGAACGUGGGCAUCUCCGCAGUGCUUCCGCGGUGUACAGGCAUCGCUCUUUCAAUAGACUAUAGAUUUGUGUUGUGUACGAAGUUGUAAUGUGAUUGCCAAGCAGUUCACAUUGUAAGUUAUUUUCUAUUUAUGAAUCAGAUGUUUGAAUGUAUAUGUGGUGAUUUUAAUACGCUGAUGUAUUUAUGAAUAAAGGAUUAUCCCGAUGUGUCACAAGAA